AUGCCUCCCAAAAGAGCGUAAUCAAAAGCUAAGAAGGUAAUUCCUGUAGUGACAGCAAAAGGAAAGAAAGAUGCGAAAGCCGCAUAAAAAAAUACUAAGGUGGUAGCAAAAUAGACACCAAAAAGUGUAUCUACAGGCAGAAAAGGUUCAAGUGCAAAGUCGGUGAGUCCUGCCCCACCUGCAAAAUCAGCAACAAAGAAUAAUGCAAAAUCAUCAUCUGUAUCCAAAAAGGAUGCUACAGCCACUCCAGCAAAGAAAGAUGUUCCAGAUAAGAAAAAGACAUAAAAGAAAUCACCAUCUCCUCCUCCAAACAAAAAGGUUUAAAAAGAGAAAACAGAAUUGAAGACAAUUACAUUUACAGGAUCAGCUCCUGUUGAUGAAUUUGUUCAUCAAAAGGAUACUUAUGUUGUAUAUGAAUAAGGCGGUAAGAUCUAUGAUUGUGCAAUGAAUCAAACAAAUAUUAUGGAAGAUAAUAAUAAUAAUAAGUUUUACUUUGUAUAACUAUUGAAAAAGAAGAAUGAAAACGCUUAUUUUGUAUUCACUAGAUGGGGAAGAGUUGGUUAAAUUGGAUAAUUGGCCUUGUAGCCAUUUUAAGGCGAUUUAUCAUCAGCAAUUAGCUAAUACCAGAAGAAGAUUCACGAGAAGAGUGUUAAAGGAGACUAUCGUAUUUUGGAGAAGGAUUAUUCAGGAGAAAAUGAUCCAAAGGCUUUGGAGAAACUGGAGAAAUUGAGAGAGUAGAAAGAGAAAGAAUCAUUUAAUAAGAGCAAGUUGCAUUAGAGAGUGAAAGAGUUGAUUAGGUUGAUUUUUGAUAUGAAAAUGAUGAAUAAUCAAAUGAGAGAAAUUGGUUAUGAUGCAAAGAAGAUGCCAUUGGGUAAAUUAGCAGCAACAACAAUCAAAAAAGGAUUUGAUGUGUUGAAGUAAAUAUAAGAUGAAUUGGAUAAGAAGAAUAAAAAUGUUGUAGAAUUACAAAGACUCACGAGUGAAUUUUAUAGUUAGAUUCCACAUGAUUUUGGAAUGAACAAAGCACCUCUUAUUGAUACAAAGGAAAAAGUGAAGGCUAAAUUGGAAAUGUUGGAAGCCAUUUAACACAUUUAGGUGGCAACCAAAAUUUUGGAGGAUAGCAAAGAUGAUUCUAAUGUGAUAGAUGAGAACUACAAAAAACUUAACAUAGAUUUGAAAUAUUUGGAUCAUAAUAGUGAGAAGGUGAAGACAAUCAAGAAAUUCAUACAAAAUACAUAGGGAUAUUAUAAAUUGGAGGUUGAAGAUGUCUUUGAAUUGACAAAAGAUUAAGAUGAUAAGAGAUUCAAGAAGGAUCUUGGAAAUAGAAUGCUUUUAUGGCAUGGAUCUCGUUUAACCAACUUUGUGGGUAUCUUGGGUCAAGGUUUAAGAAUAGCUCCACCUGAAGCUCCAGUUACUGGAUAUAGAUUUGGAAAAGGUGUCUAUUUGGCAGAUGUGGUUGAAAAAUCAGCAAGCUAUUGUUGUCCAGAUCCAACAACAAAGACUGGGUUGAUUUUGCUUUGUGAUGUUGCAUUAGGAAAUCCAAAUAUAAAAUUGGAUUCUGAUCAUAAUGCUAGCAAUCUUCCUAAGGGAAAGCAUUGCACUUGGGGUAAAGCUAGAAGUUACCCUCCUGAGAAGUCAUAUGUAGAAAUGCCUGGAUUACCUGGAGUGAAGGUUCCAAUUGGUAAGCCAGAACCUUCAGAUGUUGAGAAGAAGUCAGGGUUGUGGCACAAUGAAUUUAUAGUGUAUGAUGUUGCUUAGGUGAGACUUAAGUAUUUGAUCAAGAUGAAGUGGUAAAAUUGA